CGAUGAUAAUUGCCUGGUUCUAACUGGCUGCUGCACCACGAACGUUUCACUAAUUCUGGGGAUUUAAUACCCUCUUCUCAAGUCCUCCCCUCUGUUUGGCGACGGUAUCCAUUUUGGAUUUUGUCGAGUUUUUCUCAGCUCUUCGAUUUUCUUUCUGAGUUUUUAGAAAAAUUUUAAUUUGAAGAAAAUGAGAAAGAAGUAAAUGGUGGCCAUAUAUACUGUAUCUAGGUAUAUUCUACUCCAAACUUGAACUUUUUUCAGGAUUUUCAUCUUCGCAUCGCUUUUUUUAAACCCUUUUUUCAAACCCUUUUCUCAAAUGUGUGGUAUUAUUGGUAUCAUUUUGGCUGAUUCUCAGGGAACUGUCGCUCAUGAGUUAUUUGAUGGUACUAUGUUCCUCCAACACAGAGGGCAAGAUGCUGCUGGUAUUGUAACCUGUGGGAAUAAAGGUCGUUUGUAUCAGUGCAAAGGUAAUGGGAUGGCCAGAGAUGUCUUUACUCAACAAAGAAUGUCUGGACUAAUAGGUCACUACGGUAUUGCUCAUCUAAGAUACCCAACUGCUGGUUCUUCUGCCAACUCUGAAGCACAACCCUUCUAUGUUAAUUCCCCCUAUGGAAUCUCUUUGUCUCAUAAUGGUAAUCUUGUUAAUGGAAAAUACCUAAGAGAUUAUUUGGACAAAAGUGUCCAUAGACAUAUCAAUACCGACUCUGAUUCAGAAUUAUUAUUGAACAUUUUUGCUGCCGAGUUGGACAAGUACCACAAGGCUAGAGUUAAUAACGAUGAUUUAUUUAACGCUCUCAAGGGCGUCUUCAGAGAAUGUCGUGGUGCUUAUGCCUGUGUUGGUAUGUUAGCUGGUUACGGCUUAAUCGGUUUUAGAGAUCCAAAUGGCAUUAGACCUCUCGUUAUUGGUGAGAGACUUAAAAGCGAUGGCUCAAAAGAUUACAUGCUAGCUUCUGAAUCUGUUGUUUUAAAAGCCCAUAACUUUAAUACCUUUAGAGAUAUUUUACCUGGUGAAGCUGUCAUUAUUCCCAAAAAUACUCAUAAACCAGUCUUCAAACAAAUCAUCCCAAAGAUAACUUACACUCCCGACAUUUUCGAGUAUGUUUAUUUUGCUAGACCUGAUUCAGUUCUUGAUGGUAUAAGUGUUUACCAUUCAAGAUUAAACAUGGGUUCAAAGUUGGCUGAUAGUAUCCUAAAACAUUUCAAUAAUGACAUCUCUCAAAUCGAUGUGGUCAUUCCUGUCCCCGACACCUCUAGACACUCAGCUUUAGCUUGUGCUGUUGCCUUAAAUCUACCUUAUAGAGAAGGUUUUGUUAAAAACAGGUACAUUGGAAGAACCUUUAUAAUGCCUGAUCAAAAAGAAAGAAGAUCUUCUGUUCGUCGUAAGUUGAAUGCAAUGGAAUCUGAAUUUAAUAAUAAAAACGUCCUAUUAGUUGAUGAUUCAAUUGUCAGAGGUACAACCUCAAAGGAAAUCGUCCAAAUGGCAAGAGAAGCUGGUGCAACAAAAGUCUAUUUUGCCUCAUGUGCUCCAGCUAUUAGACACAAUCAUAUCUACGGUAUUGAUUUAGCUGAUACAAAGGCUUUAGUAGCCUACAAUAGAACUGAAAAUGAUGUUUCAAAAGAAAUCGCCGCUGAUAAAGUCAUUUACCAAGAUUUAAACGAUUUAAUUGAUUGUUGUUCAACUGAUUCAAUUAAAGACUUUGAAGUUGGUGUAUUUACCGGUGAUUAUAUCACUGGAAUUGAACAAGAUUAUCUAAAAGAGUUGGAAGAAAGUAGAGCUCAAAAUCAAAAGCUUAAAGAAUUAGGUCUUGGAAAUUCAACCGUUAAUUCAGAUUCUGUUAAAUCCGAAGUUGAUAUUGGUUUAUAUAAUUCUGGUGAUUAUGCUCAUUAAUUUAAACUAAACUAACCAACUCAGCUAGAUUAAUUAAUUCAAUAUGUUUUCAAUAAUUUUUUUUUUUUAUUUUUUUUUAUAUUUAUUAAAAACUGUUAUUUUGUUAAAUCCUUUAGACUUACCGUUCAUUAUAUUUCAUAGAUCCCUAUACUGUC